ACAUCUAAUCUCUCUGUGUUUUGAUCGAUAAAAGUGUGAUGAUUUGUAAAUACUGUUACAAUAACAUCCUCUGAUAUUUCAGAAACUGAAAUUAUGAAGAACAUGGCCACAAUUUGGGGAACCGAUAAUGUUGUUGCAGAUCACAGAGAUUUACAGGCGAAUACAAUGGCUGUGGACAGUUUAGGUCAAUAUGUUGUCUUAGCCGGGCGACGACAUAUGGGCAUUGUGCAUCUAGAUCAACCGAAUGUUGUUAUACACAAAACCAAUAGACAUAGCAAAUGGGAUGUGACAACAGCUGAAUGGAGUCCGCAUCAAAACGAAUGUUUUGCUUUAGCAUGUAAUCAGAGAGCUGAACUGUAUUCUUGGGGUAAAGCAGACUUCACUCAGACUACCUCUCUGAAAUCUCACACUCGUGCCAUUAGUGAUCUAAACUGGUCCAUUUUCGACAGCCAUGUUCUAGCCACAGCCUCUAUAGAUACUUUUAUUUAUCUCUGGGAUAUCAGAGACUCAAGAAAACCAUCCAUUUCUCUUUCAGCUGUUGCGGGUGCUUCUCAAGUGAAAUGGAAUAAAUUGCAAUCUCAUAUGCUUGCAACGUCACAUGAAGGAGAUAUCAGACUGUGGGAUACUAGGAAAGGAACAAGUCCUGUACAGUAUAUAACUGCUCAUUUGCUAAAAAUCCAUAAUAUUGAUUGGUGCCCGCAUGAUGAAAAUGUGCUUGCAACAUCUAGUCAAGAUUGUACAGUUAAAUUUUGGGAUGUUACUAUUCCACAGAAAAUGGAUUAUAGUUUGCAAGUUCCUUGCCCAGUUUGGCGAGCUCAAUAUACAGUAAGUUAAACAAAUUCUGAUGCUACUUCUCUUUGUUUUCCUUACAAAGAGUACAUUCAUGUGGCAAUCAAUUCUGUAUGAAUAAAACAUAUUUUUGCA